CAUCGGCAUUAGUUGGCGUAGCCCUCAACGGAAUGCCUCAUCGAGGAGAUCAUCGUCGAAAGCAACAGCACUUAAUGUCGACGCAAUCUCCUAAAAGUGGAACAGCUCCGGACUACAGCGUUGAGGAGGAUCAAUACGGACGACUUAUAAAUCGUGAGAAGCGUAUGAUUUGGCCGGAUCGCAAGCCACGUAAAAGGAGUGAAUUUGAACGAAUAAUCAGCAUGCCUCCGUUGGAGGUACCUAUAAUCUCACCUGCACGAUCGACUGCCACCGACAUUUAUUUGAACAGUGCUCACAUAGCAAAUAAUCAAGCAGAAGAUAGACCAGAUCCAGAAGUUGAACAAGCAUUUAUUGGUGGUUCGACACCAAAAGAAGCAGCCGCCAAAGUCGACCCAUCAGCUUUUGUGCUCUACUAUCGUAUUGAAGAACCACUCAGCGACAAGGCAUACCUGUAUAUGGCAUAUAAGAACAAUCAAGGACAGCCAUUCCAUUUCCCACUGACUUGUAGAAAGGCCAAACACGACGAUGGCAGUGAAACCACGUACUGGCGUGUGGAGUAUGGUGAUCCGGAAGCUAAGGAGUUCCCGUGUCUAUCUGCUCUGGUCAGAUACCACCAAGUGUUCUCAUACUAUGACCUCAAAACAGGCGCCAUCGAAGCGUUUCCACUAUGGUCUGGUGAUCAAGUGAUUGUCGACAGAGAUUAA